AUUUGCAGCAUCAAACGGCAUCCAUAAAGCGAGAGAAGGCCGGAGCGCAGAUGACCACAGGAAUGCGGCUGUAAGAAGGAGGCGUUGCUGGUGUUCUUGCGCGACACCGACCACACUCUAGAAUACCCCGGAGAGAACACUGGUCCUUCACGGCGCUUCUGGUCACCUGCGAUUGCAUAGCAUUGGUGCAUGUCAGUCUCUACGGUCGCCCCGCGCAGUCAGGAUGAAGCCGCAAGCUGCCGACUUGGACGAGGCGCUGAGGAAGAAGGGCGGCCUGACGCUGUCGCAACUUGCCAAUUAUGACGACCUGAUCACUGAUGCGCUGGUCGACAAAGUCUACUUCUGGUCCAAGAUCCGCAAGCUGAAAGCCAACUACCACGGCCGUCGCGGCUUGAUCGACGAACAAAUAUGCAAGACAUUACAGGAGAAAGUAAUCAUAGAAAAAGAUCCCGCUGGGGCGCAGGGGAAAUUACUGCAACAGCAGUCCGCCCUGCUCAAGUACCACAGAGGCUUGAAGACGGAGGAUGAGAAGGAGCAUUUCCUGCGCCAUAUGCGCAAGUACAUCAACAUCUAUCUACCAGAUUGUCCAUUCGAGGUCGGCACCACGAACCGAUAUACCAUUACAACUGCAGAGGCUUGCAUAAUUGCACGUAAACGAGUCCGCCGAGGAGAGCCCAUCAAAUACUUGACUGGUAUUCAGGUUGAGAUGACCGAGAAGGAGGAGAAAAUGCUUUCGAGCCGCACAGAUUUCAGCAUUGUGAUUUCGAGCCGGAAGAAGCGGCCUUCUCUGUUUCUUGGACCUGCUCGAUUUGCGAAUCACGACUGCGAUUCAAACGCAAAGCUUACCACCACAGGAGCCCACGGCAUCCACAUCCAAGCACGCAAAGAUAUCGAAAUCGGUGACGAAAUCACAGUCACGUAUGGCGAGAACUAUUUCGGCGAGGGCAAUUGUGAAUGUCUGUGUCACACUUGUGAGGUAGCCACACGUAAUGGUUGGGAUCCAAGAGGUCCCAUCAUCCGAGAAGACACAAGCGACGAAGAAGAAUCUGAAGAUGAGAAAGACGUCGAAGCCAGGUCUGCACGCAGUUGUCGGGCCGGACCAACUCUGCCCUCCCUCAGUCCUGGAGAGACCAAGGAAUCUCCAGGAAGUACCCCAGCGCGCACUCCAGAACAUGUCUUGAGUGACAAAGCAUCCCCGACUCUGACCCCGGACUCCCCCAGGCCCAAGCUACCUUCCAUAAGACGCAAUUUUUCGAAUCUACGCAAUGUUACGAAUGCCAACGAUGCACCUGUUGACCUCUACAGCGUGCAGCCAUCCCCGGCACCUCCAUCAGAAGCACUUAAGCGAGGACGGGGACGACCAAGGAAGGAACGCGCAGAUGACACAGCUGAAUCGGACCAUAAGGCGAACACUGAAACGAGUCCCUCAUCGAGUGCUAAUGACACCUCAUCUUCUUCCUCACUGGCUUCCAGCGCGACAUCUCUGGAAACACAUACAUUUGCGGCUGGAAAUAUAGCACAGGACAUCUGCGAAAUGUUGACUACAGAGGAUGACGAGAAACCGCUACAUGAUGUCGAGAGCGUGGCCAUCACCAGGACCGAGACUGAAAGCAUAAGUCGAAGUUCGACAAGACUGAAUCGCAUGCAGGCUGACUUAGAAGAGCAACUUUCUUCUCCGGAAAAGGUCGGCCCAGACAGGGCCACGAUUCUUAAGAAAGUCACGCGUUCCUCCUCUGCUGCCGGAACGUCCACUCCACCUAUACACAGUAUCGAGAAGGUCGAGGCCAGUGAAGAAUCGGAUGAGGAAGUGGAGCGUGGUGAGCCUCGCAUCCCUGGCGACUAUCAUCUGUGCAAAGCGCUUCUUGCCACAAAUUACCAUCGCUGGGUCGAAUGUCGGAAUUGCGACGAGUGGUUUGUUCAAGAGGAAGCGUUCUUAACGCGAAUAGCGUGCCCAAGAUGUGAACGUCACAGCAAGCUUUACGGGUACUACUGGCCAAAGACAGACAAGGAAGGCAAGUACGAUACGCAGGAGCGAAUUUUGGACCAUCGCGAGAUUCAUCGUUUCAUUCCACCUGAUGAAGAACGCGAGGAGCGGAAAGGUCGUAGAACUCUUGCCGAAGUCCUCCGAGAGAGGGAGAUGAGUGAGCGCGAACGCAGCCAAAGUGAUGAACGAGACGACGAAGGGAGACUAAUGCGUCCGCGGACUGAUAGCGAGCGUCGAACGCUGAGGAGAACAAUGUGAAAUGAUACGAACGACAAUGUACGAUACUUCCUUCAUUG